AUGAUGGGGAAGACGCAUAGGUUCUCCAAGGGCCACCCGCUCGGCUUCGUGCCCGACUACCGGCACGGGGUGGCGGAGACAGUCGGGGAGUCCAAGGGGCUCGGGGCUAGCCCCGCGAGGAUCGACUCAGGGAGCUCCUGCGCUCUUCCGCCCAAGAGGAAGUGCGUCAGCGUGAAUUCCGAGGAGGGGGAAGGAGCCUCGGGGUUCAGUGUGCCCCGGGAGGUGUUCUCGCUGCCCAGGAUGACGGCUCUGGACAAGAAGGACCUGGAGAUGAGGCUCUCCGCCACGAGCUCGCGCAGGUGA